AUGUCCAAAUUGCUGAAGUGCCGAUGUUCCGAAGUGGCCGAUGUUCCGAAGUGGCCGAUGUUCCGAAGUGGCCGAUGUUCCGAAGUGGCCGAUGUUCCGAAGUGGCCGAUGUUCCGAAGUGGCCGAUGUUCCGAAGUGGCCGAUGUUCCGAAGUGGCCGAUGUUCCGAAGUGGCCGAUGUUCCGAAGUGGCCGAUGUUCCGAAGUGGCCGAUGUUCCGAAGUGGCCGAUGUUCCGAAGUGGCCGAUGUUCCGAAGUGGCCGAUGUUCCGAAGUGGCCGAUGUUCCGAAGUGGCCGAUGUUCCGAAGUGGCCGAUGUUCCGAAGUGGCCGAUGUUCCGAAGUGGCCGAUGUUCCGAAGAUGCCGAUGUUCCGAAGAUGCCGAUGUUCCGAAGAUGCCGAUGUUCCGAAGAUGCCGAUGUUCCGAAGAUGCCGAUGUUCCGAAGAUGCCGAUGUUCCGAAGAUGCCGAUGUUCCGAAGAUGCCGAUGUUCCGAAGAUGCCGAUGUUCCGAAGAUGCCGAUGUUCCGAAGAUGCCGAUGUUCCGAAGAUGCCGAUGUUCCGAAGAUGCCGAUGUUCCGAAGAUGCCGAUGUUCCGAAGAUGCCGAUGUUCCGAAGAUGCCGAUGUUCCGAAGAUGCCGAUGUUCCGAAGAUGCCGAUGUUCCGAAGAUGCCGAUGUUCCGAAGAUGCCGAUGUUCCGAAGAUGCCGAUGUUCCGAAGAUGCCGAUGUUCCGAAGAUGCCGAUGUUCCGAAGAUGCCGAUGUUCCGAAGUGCCGAUGUUCCGAAGAUGCCGAUGUUCCGAAGUGCCGAUGUUCCGAAGUGCCGAUGUUCCGAAGUGCCGAUGUUCCGAAGAUGCCGAUGUUCCGAAGAUGCCGAUGUUCCGAAAAUCCAGGCUCAUGA